AAAAAAUGGCUUAGGUCUGGACUUCCCUUCUACUUUGCCUAAGGAUAGCUACCUAGGUAGCCAAAAAGAUAAAUACUUUUUACUAGGCGUGCAGUUAUUUUCUAAUUGCCAAACCAUCAUAUAGUAUUGCAUUAUGAUCACACCAAGCUUCAGGGAAGGCUGUAGCAGCACCGGUGGCUCUGUGAAGACGGAAAUUAUGUGAGUCUUGAACUCCAGCUAAUUAUACUGACCGCUUUCCAGCUUUGUACAUACGUAACCGCAGGCUUCAUGCCGCACUCUCCUCCCUUCACGAUAAAUAGUUUGGAUGGGUCAGAUAUUUCAGAGAAAUGAGAAUAUCGCUAGUUAUUAGAUUCUAUCUCGACAAUGACUUAAGCCUAACUAAUGAUAUGCUCCCCAAAUACCUGAUCGAUCCGUGCCUACCAUAUCGAGUAAAUUCGGCUAGUAUUUCCAACAAAAAAUCGACUCUGCUUUCGAAACAUCCCCUCUCAUAAUUUAUACCAAAUUGCUCUACACAUCCACACUUCGGUCGCCAGCCGCACCUCAGCUCACUUGAUCCGGACAUCAUCAUCAUCAUUAUCAUGAAUCACACGAACACCAUGGGAAAUAAGGACCUACAGACUGAAGACGUUGACGCCGAGUCUCCAAAACGGUCGAUUGCGAGCUUACAAGGUCGACACCACGAAAUAUGCUCGCGCGCUAUCGCCAAUGUGCUUUCAACCACCAUCGCAAGAACCACUUACGGCCAAAUUGUCGACGGCCUUCCCCUUGCGGAUGUUGCGGCUGACAGCUAUUAUGGCGUCGUUGGCCGUAGACAUCCCCUUCUCGAUCAGCAUCUUGAGCUGUCUACAGAUGUGCUGAACAGAGUUGACCAGCUCUACUCAACUUUUGACCCCAAAAUGCUCAAGAUAGACUCUGUACUUUUCUUUGCUUUUCAAGCAGCCAGCCCUGGCUCUAGAGCCUUCCAAACACGCUUGAUUGAGAUAAUUGCUAGGUCAGUUCAUCAAAUAGCCGUCUGGUUAUUUAAACAAGGGCCUAUGCGUCCUGAAAGCGAUCCUCUGCUCUCAUGGCGGCCCGGCAAAGACAUCGAAUAUCUUUAUCCGAAAGGUUUCCCCCCAACUUUGUUCCUCCACCACUGGUAUCGGGAUUACGACCAGUAUCCCGAGGGUAUCGCAGAUGGAGUGGGAUAUUGGGCCGAGUCACGCAUCCUGGGCGGUGUUGUCCUCUUCGACCGACGCACGCCAGAGUCCGCGCAAGACGUCGAUCCCGACGCAAUAUACUUCCAUUCCGACAGCAGUGACGUUACUUAUCGCAUCUAUCGCCUACUGGAUAGCCAAAAACAGCAGCUAAUGCAGUUUUUACUCUCCGAAGUAACACCACCGCCGACAUGCCCUCUUCCUAUUCACGGAAGCCUGGAAAACCGCCAACGUGUUGACCCCGAGGAACCAAUCCUGGAAAAGGGGAUAUAUCGCGACAAAUGGGAGCGCCGACCACCUUCGGAAGACGAUGGUGAUGACCGCCUCAGGGAUGUUACAGAUGACUUCAACUACGUGUCAUUCAAUGACUACUUGCAGGCGCGAUACCGAGGGGUGGAAAUGAGGCAAAGACGCGAAUCCGAAGGGUGGUGAUCGGCCAAGUGCUCUAGAUAGCGAAGGCGCACUGUCUCAUUGUUGCUGCUGAUGAGCCGUUUGAGCACUUUAAGCACCCAACUAUAGCUAAUGUAGCGUCAAGGCUACUGACCACUACUGAUUCAUUCCUCUCCCGUAGUGUCCCAUGGAAGGGGUAAGCUCGCUCUCCGCCUGUCUGAUUUGAUAUGGCUUGAAGUUGGCUCAGUAUCGAAUACCUCCGGGGUAGCCUGGGCUCGCCUUUAAAGAGGGUCGUGGAGCCCCAUAAUAAUCGAGCAAUGAAUUGGGGCAUAUGUUAACGCACUAUUGUCCUCUCUUUGUUUAACGUCUUGUUUUCUAGUUACUAGUAGCGAGUCCGGGAUUUUAGGCUCUUCCUUAACAAUGUUUAGAGUUAUACUGCUUAGUAUAGGAUACAUAUAAUCGUAUUGUGUGCAUAUAGUAAACUUUAUAUUAAGUAGGUAGUUAUAUAUAUCCUGUCAAAAACGUAUUUAACGGCGGGUCUGGGCUUCCGGUUUCAAAAGGCCCGACAUCGACACGGGUACUAAAAGUGUAAUGCAAAAGUUGAACUAACCGUGGGUGGAGGAUUGCAUUUAUUAAGUCUUAUGCGGUAAAAUAAUUGAAAUAUACGGAGAAUGUUUUACAAAAUUUCAACGGUAC